UUGGCGUCCCUCGAACAAUACGCGAACAACUACGACAACAUCCGUUUCGAGCGGCGGGACGGAAUCCUGCAGAUGACUUUCCACACCAAUGGUGGUCCGCUGCAAUGGGGCUCCGGCCCUCACGAGGAAUUCCCACGCGCCUUUGCCGACGUGGGCAGCGACCGCGACAACCGGGUCAUCAUCCUGACAGGUUCCGGCGACACCUUUUCCGGCCCCCAGGGUACCGCAGCCGGCACGCCCAAGCGUGCGCCCCGAGACUGGGACCGAACAUACUGGGAAGGCAAGAAGCUACUCGGCAAUCUUCUCGACAUCGAAGUCCCGAUGAUUGCCGCCGUCAACGGGCCUGCCCUUCGUCAUUCCGAGAUCCCCCUCCUGUGCGACAUCGUACUGGCUUCCGAUACCGCCGCCUUCCAGGACUCCGGCCACUUCAUGAGCAAUCUCGUGCCGGGCGACGGAGUGCAUGUUGUGAGGCCCUCUCCCUCGGGGCUGGUCGGCGAGGUCCUGCCUCCAGACGAUCUGCUGCCUCGCGCCUGGGAACUCGCCCGUCAGGUCGCCGAGAAGUCCGACCUGGUCCUGCGUUACACCCGGGUCGCCACCACCCAGUACAUCAAGCGGUUGAUGCAGGAUCUCCUGGGUUACGGCCUCGCUCUUGAAGGCCUCGGCUCCGCCGACUCGCUGCUCAGCCAGCAGUAA